GAUUGAGUCAAUUUUAACUGAAAACCAUUCGUUUACCUUUAAGAUGAUGAUUGAAAUUGUUUUUCAUUGUUUUGAUUGUUUCGAUUAGUUGAUUAUGAUUUUGAUUCACUUUCAAUUUGAAUUUCAACUUUUGAAUUGAAUGAUUAAGAAAGAAUUAGAAAAAUUAUUAACAACUAAAUCAAUUUGAUCACAAAUUUUUAGUUUGUUUUUGUUUUCAAUCUAAUUGAAUCCAUGGAAACCAAUUGUUUAUUUUAAUUCAUCAACAUUGUUAACAAUAAUAUCUAAUUUAUUAAGAGUUUUAAUUGUUGAGUGAUUAGUUAUUCUUUUUUUUAUCAACUCGUUCAAAUUAUUAGGAAACAAUUAAUUAUGAAGCGUGUAUUCACUAUACCUGAACGAACCCAUGGUUCGGGUCCUGUGUUCAUAAUUUGGCAGCCGAAUAAAGCAAGUCACCUGGUUACAAUGGGCUAUGAUAAUACGGUGAUAAUUCAUGAUCGACAUGGAGAUAAAAUCGAUACAAUUAAUUUACCAGGUCAGUGUACUGGACUUUCAUGGGAUGUUGAAGGUAAUAUUUUAGGUGCAAUUAGUGAUAAAUCACCGAUAAUUUACCUUUGGGAUUCGAGUGUCCAUAAGAUGUCCAGAGUUGACACCGGUGUUCGUGACAUGUUAACCAUGUUGGUUUGGUCAAAAAAAGAUCAUCUUCUUGCCGUUGGAACGAGUAAAGGAAAUGUUCUAAUUUAUAAUCAUUCGAGUUCCCGAAAAGUUCCAAUUUUGGGUAAACAUGCCAAACGAAUUACAACAGGUGAUUGGAGUGAUACCAAUUUAUUGGCCUUAACCGGUGAUGAUCAUAUGUUGACAAUUAGCAACUCUGAAGGUGAUACACUUUACCAAUGUCAACUUAAAGGUGAACCUUCAUUUUUAACCUUUACCACAAUUCAACCUCGAGAUACAAUUAAUUCAUCGACAGGUAAUAAUUGUGUUAGUUUAAUUCUCAAUAAGAAGAAUCUAUUUCUCCUGAGAUUAACUGACAUGGAGAAUCCUUAUAUCAUGAGUUUCCAAGAGAAAUAUGGUUCAGUUAAAUCGUAUCAAUGGUUCGGUGAAGGUUAUAUUAUCAUUGGAUUUUCGUGUGGACUUUUGGUAACCGUUUCAACUCACCAAACGGAAUUGGGUCAAGAAAUUUCGUCGGUCAGAGCUCAUCAAGAUUUCCUCAAUGGAAUCGCCGUUUCAACAAAGUCCAAAAAAGUCGCAACUUUUAGUGAAAAUGUAAUAAAAUUUUUCGAUUUGAAUCAAUUGGAAGAUACAAAAUCAGUCCUGGUGAUAGAAGAUGAAAAAUCAGUUGAAUGGUUGGAAUGGACCGACGAUGGUCAACUUCUUGCAAUGACCACUGCCUCUGGUGCCGUUCACGUUUAUUUAACCAAAUUAACAAUAAUUGGAUCAACUUUCGGCUCUCGAGCCGCUUAUUUAUCAUCAUUACUUGAAGUAACUGUGGUCAAUGUUUUAAAUGAGACUAACGAUGAAAAUGUUUACGAUGAAGAUUCAACGGUCACUUUUAGAGUGGACAUUGAGCCAAGUUUAAUCGCUGUUGGACCAUAUCAUGUAGUCGUAUCGAUAAACAAUCGAGCUUGGUUUUAUGCUCUAAAUGAAUCCACAGAAUCGACAAUAUUACUCAAAGAGAAAGAAUAUUCGUCGAUCGUAAAAUCAAUUGUUCUAAACGGUGAUUAUUCCGCUGCUCUUUUUACCAAUGGUAAACUUCAUCUUCACCUAAUCGAAAGUGAAACUGGAUCAGGAUCAAGUUACGAUCAACGAGAGGCCAAAAUAUUCAACGAUAGUUCGACCUCCGAUUCUGGUAAAAUUAGUUCAAUCUCAUUGACGAACGAUUUUCUCAUCUAUGCAACGGAUUCUGGUUUCAUUGAAUUUUUCUCACUCGAAGAUUGGUCCAUGGUUAAUGUUUAUCGUCAUCAAAUUGGUGUACGUUUAAUAUCACCCGAUUUAACUGGAUUAAGAAUAAUUCUGGUUGAUACAAGGAAUCAAGUGCAUUUAUAUAACGCUGUUACCGAUGAAUCUUUUAUUCUUGACCAACCGGAAGACUUUCCAGUCUCCGUAAGGUCAAUUCUUUGGGAAUCUUAUCAUCCCAGUAAACACAUAUUCAGUUUAACGGAUGAUCGCAAUUUGUGGCUUUACGCUUACGUUUCGGACUCACUUAAGGGAAAAUCAAUAGAAUAUGUUGAAAGAAUUAAAUUUCCCCUCGGGCAAUAUCCUCUUCUAAUUCACAAUGGUGUAAUUCUCUGUCAAACUGAAUCGGGGAAGACCUCGAAUUUUAUCCUUCCAAGUCACAAUUGGGUCGGUGCUAUGAAAGAUAUUAAAUCGGGACACAAAACGAUCGACAUUUUAUCGACCACUUUAAAGUUACGAAGAUAUUCCGAUGCUUGGAACAUUUGUAAUUCUCUUAACGAUCUUAAUCUAUGGAAAGCGUUUGGUCAACACGCUCUAAACGAUUUGAACAUUGACCUGGCUCGAAGGGUUUACCGUUGUAUUGGAGACGCUGGUAUGGUCCAUUCAUUAGAGAAAUUGAAUUACAUUGAGGAGAAAAACUUAAUUGCUGGAAAUGUUUCCUUGUUUUUAAAUCACUUUGAUUUGGCACAGAAAUUUUUUCUCUCUUCAUCUAAACCAUUAGAAGCUCUUGAAAUGAGACAAAAUCUUCAAGAUUGGGAUUCAGCUUUAGCUUUAGCCAAUAGAUUAUCGCCAUCGUCCAUUCCAAUAAUUUCUCGGGAAUACGCAUCACAAUUAGAGUUCCAAGGUGAUUAUCGAUCAGCAUUAGAUUAUUACGAAAAGGCACUAACAACAUACGAAAAUAAUAACGAUCAACAAAUUACAACAAAUCAAAAUAACAAAAUCUGUAAAGCGGGAAUCGCCAGAGCAUCUUUGAGAUGUGGUAACAUUAAAAAAGGAGUUGAAGCUGCUUUGGAAUUGGUUGAUGACCAUGAAUUACACAUUGAAUGUGGUUCCAUAUUGGAAUCGUUGAAACUUUAUUCAGAAGCUGCUCAACUUUAUGAACAGGGUGGUGAUGGUGAAAAAGCGGCUAAAUUAUAUUUGUCCGUUCGAAAUACACGAAAAGUUGGACAAUUGAUCGAUAAGUUUUCCUUAACUAAUGUUGAUAUUCUUAAUCAAUAUGGCCGAAUCAAGGAAAGUCAAGGUGAUUACAAAGAAGCGGUUAAAGCUUAUCUAAGCUCUGGAUUAACGAUUGAUUCGGUUCGUCUUCUUCUCGAUAAGCUUAAUAAUCCAAGUGAAGCCGUUAGAUUGGUAAAAGAUUCUGGUAGUUUAGAAGGAGCUAAAAUGAUCGCUCGAUUUUUCCAAAAGAUCAACGAUAUCGAAUCUGCGAUUGAAUUUCUAAUCCUUUCCAAGUGUAACGAUGAAGCUUUUCAAUUAGCAACUUCAACAGGUAAUGUUGAUAUUUUCGCUAAUUUCUUACUUGAUUUAACUGAUCAGCAACAAUCAAAAAACAAUGGACCAGCUAAAGAGCCAUUUGCAAGUAAAUUGGUUGAAGAUUUUAAAAGUUUGGCCAUUUAUUAUGAGCAAUCAAAAAACCCGUUGAUGGCUGGUAAGUUUUACUGUUUAUCGGGUAAUUGUAGGAAAGGAGUUAAAUUGUUAUUACAAUCAGCGACCAUAACUGGUGAUGUUGGUGAGGCAAUUAAGAUCGCUAUUGAUUUUGUCUCAAUCAAUCGUGAUGAUCAAGCGAUUAGAUAUCUGAUUGAUUAUCUUAUGGGUGAACCUGAUGGUGAACCAAAGGAUUUCAAGUAUCUAUUCAGACUUUACAUGGCGUUGGGACAGUUCAAAGACGCUGCUCGAACUGCGGUUAUAAUUGCGAAAGAAGAGCAAUCAGCUGGUAAUUAUCGAAAUGCUCAUGAUUUAUUGUUUGGAAUGUGUCAGGAAUUAAGAAGACAGAAAAUUAAAGUUCCAAUGGAAAUGGAUUUAACUCUAAUGCUUAUUCAUAGUUAUCUCUUGGCAAAGACUUGGAUUAAAUUAGAUGAUCAUCUUCGUAGUGCUCAACUUUUGAUUAGAGUUUCAAAUAACAUCAGUAAAUUUCCAACUCAUAUUGUGCCGAUAUUAACAACGACAAUUAUUGAAUGUCAACGAAUUGGAUUUAAAAAACAAGCACUACAAUUUGCGAGCAUGUUGAUGAAGCCCGAAUAUCGAGAUCAAAUUGAUUCUAAAUUUCGAAGAAAAUUUGAGACAUUAGUUCGUAAAUCAGCAUCAAUUAGACGAGAAUCAGAUGAAACCGGAGAUUCGAUCAUUGGAAAAUUAACUAAUUGUCCUUAUUGUGACGCUAAAUUACUGGAAACUGAAUUAAUCUGCUUCGAUUGUCGUAACAAUAUCCCUUUUUGUAUUGCCACUGGUCAUCACAUAAUUAAAGAUGAUUUAACUGUUUGUCCUUCAUGUUCAUUUCCAGCAUUGAAAACAAACUUUAUCAAGCUAUUAAAUCGUGAACCCGUUUGUCCAAUGUGUGGAUCGACAAUUGAUAUUAAACAAUUGGAAACCAUUAAAGAUAUUACCAAAGUAUUAAACCCAGAGCAUGAUAAUUAAAUCAUCAAACUAAUCACAAAUUGCUCAACAACAACAACAACAACAAAGUUAAUUGUUAAUUUGAAAUUUUAUACAUAAAAUUGAAAACAUUAAACUGAUCACAAUUAAUGAGAAAAAAAAUAACAAUCCCAAACAAAAAGAGAUUCAUUUUCAAUCAACAAUUAAAUCCUUAUAGAAAUCAUAUUAAAAAAACAGAACCAAUUUAAUUGUUACAAUAAAAUUUUCUAAUUUAAUUAAAUUGUUCAAAAUGAACAAAAAUCAAAAGAAUGACACAUGAAGUCCAAUGUUCCCCACCAGAUGGCGCAACCAGAGAAGAACAAU